UCCUUCACAUAUCGAUAAAGUUAUUGUUUUAAAAACAAUUUGUUUCUUGGAAAUAGCGCCACAAAUUGUAGCUGGAAAUUACCAUCUAGGCAACGGGGCUUACACCAUGUCGGACGAUAGCGACUAUAUGUUAGCUCUUAUGCUGCACAAACAGCUAAAUUCCGACCAAGCAGAAAAUAACACCGCAGCAAGUGCGGAUGUCAACAAAGAAUCAGACUAUGAGAUGGCCCUAAAGAUGCAGGCCCUUCUAAACUCCGAGAGUGAGAGCGAAGGAGGCGGGGCCACUGAUUUGGACACCAGUAUCCAGUUCGUCUACCCAAAAUCAAAACCAAUGGAAAACAAAAAGACCACAAGGGUUGGACCCGCUGCGUCGCAAAAGGAGCCAAGGCGCGCCAUUCAGGACAGCCAUGAUGAUUAUCUAAACCAGACGAUGAACCUGGUGCAUCCGCAAUGGGAGUUGGUCGAUCCGAAUCCGGACAUAUUCUCCAUGUUCGUCCGCUUCGACGAUAAGUUCUUCCAGAAGCGCCUGGGCGCCGUUGCACUCGAAUGGAGCAAGCGGAUGUACUCGUGCGCAGGAAUCUGCUACCAGAGAGGCAAUCGACAUUUUAAGGAGAUUAUUAUCCGCCUAAGCGAGCCGCUGCUCAAGCUGCGCCCACGCAAGGAUCUUGUUGAAACUAUGCUGCACGAAAUGAUCCACGCCUACUGCUUUGUGCUCAACAUCCGUGAAGGCAAUGGGGGUCAUGGGCCCAACUUUAAGCGCAUCAUGGAGACGAUUAAUAAGGUGGCGGGUACCAACAUUACCGUUUAUCACUCGUUCCACGACGAGGUCGCCGCCUAUCGCACUCACAUCUGGCGCUGCACGGGAAUUUGUCAGAACCGCACACCGUUUCAGGGCUAUGUAAAGCGUACCAGCAACCGGGCACCCGGUCCAAAUGACCAAUGGUGGGAGAAGCACCAACGAGAAUGUGGCGGCACGUUCAUGAAAAUUGGUGAACCAUCAAAACCUGUAAAACCAGAGGGGAAGCCUAAGGCAAAGAAGCCUGCUCCACCUUUGGCUGCCCCCAAAGAUGGCAUACGCAACUGGCUGAGUAAGCCGGCAGCCAAGAAACAAGCCACAGAAGCUGCUCUUCUGGGUAAUCUUGUGAGUGCCGUUCCACCCACUUCCUAUCCAGGACCCUCCACCGAUCCCUUUACCAUCCCCAAGCCACCAGCUGCGGCUAAACCCCGUGGCGCAAAUGUCAAAAGCUUCGGCGACCUCAACAAAAGUAAUCAAGAAGAAGAACCUCCAAGUUCAGGUUUAAAAACAACUACUGAAAUGACCGGACAUGGUUACAGCAUUGGUGGAUCUAAUAGUAAGGAUGUCAUUGAUAUUACUAAUGAUAGUCCCGAUCCAUCUGUACUCCGAAAAAUGCGCCUAGAGCGAUUUGGUGGGGUUGAUUCUACAAAGGAGCAAGAUAAACCUGAAGUAAAGACCGGGAAUAAGAGACGUCGUAUGUCUAAUGAAGACAAUAUAGUAAGCUGGGAAUCUUGGGACGAUGAUUUGAUGAUCAGAGGUGUCGAAGUACCCGUGAUAGAUUUGGUCGACAGCGACGAAGAUAAUGAUGGUCAACCAGCGGAGACGAAAGUAUCAAUUAUACCAGGCGGUAGAAAUACCAUGAGCAGUCAUGAGCGCACUCUGUGCAUUAAGCGAGAGAUAAUGGAAGAUGAAUCGACAUAUUCCGAAGGCGAUAUAGAGUUCAUUGAUGACGAAUACGACGAUGAGGUUGCAGCUAACAAUGACAGUCUUACAGCGGCCACAGAACUAGCCGAUCAGUCCAUCAUCGAUGAUCUUUUCGGUGAGGACACGCUGCUGAAAGAGUUUCAGCGGGAAAACGCCGUGCAGCCAAGCUGCUCAAAAUACUCCAGCAAUAUAGAUAACGACAUUGUCUCCUGUCCCAUUUGCUUUGAGAAGAUGAAGCGUACGCAACUGGCAAAUCAUUUCGAGGGCUGUACUAUCACGGUACGAAUAGAACCGCCAUCGGUUAAGUCCAAAUUCAGCCGCCCAAGUUCAACCGAUACCUCCAAAGGCUCUAAAGCGAAGUCAAAGAAUAUUUCAUCUAAGCAAAUUCUUCGCAACGUCGGAUACACAGACAAGGAAAUUGACGAGCUAAACCUAAGCUCUUCCAGCGAUUCGCCCACAGUGUUGUCCAGCGAGGAUGAGCUCACUCCUCGUCAGCGUCGGCAGCGCAAUCUAUACAAACAGACCAUUAGCUGUUUCAAUUGCGGUCAAGAGUUGAUGGGCCACCAGAUGGAGGCGCAUCGCUCUCUCUGCAAAAAAAAAAGUAAGCGUUAGGACAUUCCACUCCUUAUACCAAGCAUAUGAAGCUAGCCACAAUGUUAAUUUUUUCGAAUUGUUUACUAUAAGAUUUUUUUCGUUUGCAUUUUUCGAGUAAAAAAC